AUGGUCACAAGUCUUCAAAAGCCCAAGUUGCGUGCCAAGACGGGCUGUCUUCCAUGCCGACGACACCGCAUCAAGUGCGACGAGCAAAUUCCCGUCUGCCGAGCCUGUCAUUCCUCACGAGUCCCGCGGCAUUGUCAAUGGCCUGUGGACAAAGACCUUGUCGACCGCCGCUUCCGAUCAUGUAAGCUUCGCGAGGCUGUAAAGGCUCGUCAUCAUCAACCGGUGCUCUCGCCGUCAGCAGUGGCAUCGCAGCUUCUGCUGGCCGACUGUGUCGUGGCUCGUAAGCGGGAACAGUGUGACAUCGAAUGGACACUCUUCCGCGAGUUUCGCCGUGGGGGAACACCACUUCUUUUACUACCGCAUUGCAGCUCCGUCUUCUACAAGACCUGGCAUGUAGCUAUACGCGCUAUCAUGGUGUCGCGCAAGAGUCUGUCGCCUGCUCUCAUGGCGCUCGCAGACUCGCUCUGUCAAAGCUCACCAGAGAAUGACGACGAUAUACUUAUCACCAUUGUGCUUUUGUACGCUUUCAACUUCAUAUCUGGCUCUUCCUCAUGGGACGAUCAACCUCAACACGUCAGUGCUGCCUUCAAGAUUAUCCUUUCCCGGGUACUCAACGUUAGAAACGCUGGCUUGUCGGCCUUUCUCCGUCUGUCACUCGAGAGUGUCCUGUAUCAGGUCUUCCUAUUAAACAAUGGUCUUUGGUCUAGCGCGACUAGCUACGUGUCCCUCCAACCGUCAAACUCGGGGUUUUGGGCUCGCUUUGAGAAACUUCUAGAGCAUCCUGACAAUAUGGAUUUUGACCUUUUGACCUUUAAUAGCCCCGUCCUCGGUAUGCCCCUGGCCGUGAUGCGACUCGCCACGUUUCUCGGCCACCUUUGUCUUGGAAGAGAAUCCGCAUCCAUGGAAGAUCUGUUAAAGCUUCAGGCCGAGGUCACAGCCUGUGAAGAUUUUGCCCGACAGGCUGCGAAACAAAUUGAUGGUUCCAACACACUGAACCGAGAUGCACACUGCUUAUACGUCCUGGUCGCUUCCAUUCUGAUGCAACACCUCAUAACUUUUGGCCCAAACACAGGGUUUCCUAGGGUAUCUCCCACAGACAGUUGGCAAGCUUGUGCAGCACUUCAAAUCCUGUCCAGACGUGCUGGUGAUCAUAGCUGGUCCGAGUGUUUCAUCGGGACCUGGCCUGUAUAUGCUCUUGGGUUCUUGCUAUCGAACGGCAAGGAUAGAGUUAUUGUGUGUCGCGACAUGCAAAGUCGACGGGAGCUCACAGGCUUCUGGAUAGUGAAGCGCUUUCAAGAAGACUUGGAUAGGUCCUGGGCUGGGUUGGAGGCAGACUCACCUUCGGAAUCGGUCAACUACAGUGUCCCAGACACAACUGGUACCGCCUGCAUUCAGCCUCCCAUUUCAAUCAUAGCAUUUUGA